GGAAUGCUAUGUGCCCCCUCCGGGAGCCCACGCUCCAGCGCUGCUCCACCUUGCCUGCUCCCCACCUACUUUUCCAUGACCCUGGGCUGCGGCCGCUGUCCCUGUGUCCUCCGCAAUGUUUCCUAGCCCUGUGACAACGACGCCCUUCUCGGUGAAGGAUAUUCUGAACCUGGAGCAGCAGCAGCAGGGCGGCCUGGGCUCCAUGGAGCUGGCCUCGCUGGCCUCCCCGUCCUGCAUGCUGGCCAGCUUCAAGCAGGAGGCGUUCAGCGCCGAGCCCCCGGCCCUGCCCGACCUGCGGGACGAGCUGCCCGAGCCGCCCCCCGGCAAAGCCGCGCCCGCCUUCCCCGGCUCCUACUACGGGAAAAGCUUCGUGGAGAUGGACUCGGCCAAGGAGGCCAAGGCGGACAAGAAAGAGCUGUGUUCCCUACACAAGAGCCUGGAGCAGGAGAAAAGAGACCUGGAAGAUCCCGAGCGCCCCAGACAGAGGAAGAGGAGGAAACCUCGCGUCCUCUUUUCCCAAGCCCAAGUGUACGAACUGGAGAGAAGGUUCAAGCAGCAGAAAUACCUCUCGGCCCCGGAGAGGGACCACCUAGCCAACGUCCUAAAGCUCACCUCCACGCAGGUGAAAAUCUGGUUCCAGAACCGCAGGUACAAAUGCAAAAGGCAGAGACAGGACCAGACGCUGGAAAUGGUGGGGAUCCCUCCCCCGCGGCGGAUCGCCGUGCCCGUGCUGGUGCGCGAUGGGAAGCCCUGCCUGGGGGAAUCCUCGCCCUACAGCUCGCCCUACAAUGUCAGCAUCAACCCCUACAGCUACAACGCCUACCCCGCGUACAGCAACUACAACAGCCCGGCCUGCAACGCCAACUACAGCUGCAGCUACCCCUCCAUGCAGCCCGUGCAGCCCUCGGCGCCCGCCAACAACUUCAUGAACUUCGGCGUGGGGGACUUGAACUCCGUGCAAACGCCCAUCCCGCAGGGCAACGCGGGCAUCUCCACCCUGCACGGCAUCCGAGCCUGGUAG